GGCGCUAGCUCCUCCUGCUCGAUCUCGGAAGGUCUCCGCUUCCUUCCUAAUACAGGAUCUUGGUAAUUUCUUCACCCAUUGCGCAGAGCCGAGUGAGCGAGCGGGGAUAGUGCGAUGGGGAGCCGAGAGGAUGAAUACGACUAUUUAUUCAAAGUUGUGCUAAUUGGGGAUUCCGGGGUUGGAAAGAGCAACCUCCUGUCGAGGUUCACACGCAACGAGUUUAACCUGGAAAGUAAAAGUACCAUUGGAGUUGAGUUUGCCACCAGGAGUAUCCAGGUAGAUGGAAAGACAAUUAAAGCCCAGAUCUGGGACACAGCAGGACAGGAGCGAUACCGUGCCAUCACUUCAGCGUACUACCGUGGAGCUGUAGGUGCCCUGUUGGUGUAUGAUAUCGCCAAACAUCUAACAUACGAGAACGUAGAGCGAUGGCUGAAAGAAUUGCGUGAUCAUGGUGACAACAAUAUUGUCAUCAUGCUGGUUGGGAACAAGAGUGACCUUCGCCACCUGAGAGCUGUGCCAACGGAUGAGGCACGGGCCUUUGCUGAGAAGAACUCGCUUUCAUUUAUUGAAACAUCUGCUUUGGACUCAACUAAUGUGGAGGAGGCUUUCCAAAAUAUUUUAACAGAAAUUUACCGUAUUGUUUCUCAGAAGCAAAUCUCGGACCGGAUGGCACACGAGACACCUGGCAGUGAUGUGGUUGAGAUUGACGUGCCCCCAACCAGUGAUGGGCAGAAAUCUAGUAAACUGCAGUGUUGUCAGAAUAUGUGACCCACUUAUUUUGCUCUGUUCUAAUUCCCCACCCCAGCCUGUCCAUCGUUGUGUGUUCGGAACAUUUAAGUCCAACUAUUGAACAAUUUUAUUUUGUUUUGCUGUUACCAUAAGCAGCAAAUAAUUGCCUGAAAAGUACAGAUGUUUGCUCAAUGCCUACAGACAAGUUGCCACUAAUUUAAACAUUUUUAACCAGCCUCUAAAUCUCAGCUGAGAGUAAAGAAACGGAGGCAAGCUGACAAAGUUUUCCAUGGCAUUCUACAGCCUGGAUGAUGGAAGGAAAGCCUUGCCUGUUUGCAUCUCCAAAGACCUUAGAGAGGUGACCGGGUACGAUCUCAUUCCAGUUCCAAUUGGUUCUGGAUCCACAGCACAAACCUGGAAUAAUUCAGGACAAAUUCAAUUUCAGUUCAUUUGAAGUGACUUAAGAGAAAGUAUUUAAGCAGAGAUGAAAUAUUUGUUCUACUAAAGAACAUCUGCUGUUUUAUAGUAAAUACACUUAAAAAAUAAAUGUUAAACUCUA